UGAAAGUGAGGAUCAAAGAAAACCCAAAUGGUCAGACAAAGGCAAUACCCUCCAUAGCCCGGAGGGGGAAAGGAAAAACUCAAAAAAGCCGAACUAUAUAUAUUAAGGAUGGCAUUUCUGAGGUCGAUGCUGAGACCAAAAACAGCUGCCAUAGCUUCUGCUGCUGCCUUCGUCUCUUCUCUACCUUCAUCUUCCUCCUCACAUUCUUCCUCACAGUUCCCAGGAUUCCUAUCGAAAACCUUAAACUCUGGGUCAAUUCCCUUGUCUUGUAAAGAUAAUCUUGGACCAUUCAGAUUGGGGGUAGUCAAGAGUCUUGCUGCUUCUAAGAUGGAGCCCCCCUCAUCCAAUCACAAACCCUCUUCUUCUAUUCAGAAUGGCGCUUUCUUGCCUGAGCUACUUACAGAGUAUAUGGUGGACAUGUCAUGUGAGGGCUGUGUUGAGGCAGUGAAGAAUAAAUUGCAGACGGUAGCUGGAGUUAAGAAUGUGGAAGUGGAUUUGACCAACCAGGUUGUGAGGGUACUCGGUACUUCACCUGUGAAAACCAUGACUGAUGCUCUGGAGCAGACUGGUCGAAAAGCCCGGCUGAUUGGACAAGGGAGCCCUGAUGAUUAUCUGGUUUCUGCUGCUGUAUCCGAAUUUAAGGGUCCACUGGUUUUUGGUAUUGUACGCUUCGCUCAAGUAAACAUGGAAUUGGCUAGAAUUGAAGCUAAUUUCAAUGGAUUAUCACCUGGAAAGCAUGGUUGGUCCAUUAAUGAAUUUGGUGAUUUGACCGGGGGUGCGGCAAGUACUGGCAAAGUUUACAACCCAGCUAACUCUGCUGAUAAAGAGCCACUGGGUGACCUGGGAACAUUAGAAUUUGAUGAGAAAGGUGAUGCAUUUUUCUCCGGUGGUAAACAAAACCUGCGAGUUCUUGAUCUCAUUGGGCGAUCUGUCGUGGUAUAUGAAACUGAAGAUAAAUCAGAUCCAGGACUUGUAGCAGCAGUGAUAGCUAGAAGUGCUGGAGUGGGUGAGAACUACAAAAAGCUUUGCACAUGUGAUGGUACAACCAUUUGGGAAGCCUAGUAAAUUUAUGAUUCAUGCAUCAUCCAUGCGUGUAGAAGCAGUUGAUCCUGCAGAUGUCAUGUAUGUACUGUAUUAUUAUUGGUGAUGCAAGGAUAACUUGUGAGGCAACUAAAUGUUUUAUUUAUUUUGCUGCAAUAAAGGAAAUGCAAAAGGCUCCUUUCUUUUCUUUU